GCAGCACACUUCUGUCAUCACUACCAAUGAGUAUUGGACAUGAUUUGAUUGGACAUGUAAUAUUAUGACUGCUAUCCCAAGCUUCACAAGGUGUCAUGUGAAACUGCCCUGACAUUUGCGCUGCAGCCUUUCUGUAUAGUGCUCAAAAGCUGCUUGCUUCAAGGUCUUUGCGGUUGAACCAAAUAUGGUGUCGCCUCAUCGACACAUGCGCAUGAUCUUCCUUGUGCUUCCUUACAGCUGGUGCACAAUGCGCAUGAUCUUUGGAUUCUCAGGCAGGAUUUUCCUUUCUAUUGUACAGAGUCUGCACAAAUAAACAAGAAUAAACAUCACAACGCUAUUUUCUUGGAAAAGGCGAGCCAACCGCCUACCCAGAUCUGCAGUUGUUCACUCUCAAAACCUGCCAGUCUAGGUGACACAUCCGGCUUUGCAGUGAGUCACUUGCAACCGGUACGCAUGGGUACACCGCAGGGUCCGCAUGUGAUGGUUCGCCUCGGAGCCCCAAAGAGUCACAGAGUCACUCAGUGCUGCGCUGCAAAGUGCACACCAAGUCCAUGCAGAAAGACGAUUUGAGGUUGGUUGACUUGGGCUUUCUGGCAUCUCAAGCAGGGCUAUGGUGGAAAAUCGUAGUGAUUGAUCAGCAUCAAGGCGAACAAGACAAAAAAAUCGAACACCUGCAGGUUGAUCAGAAUGCAAUUGUGCAUCUAGUUGAGCAACAAGGUCAACGACAAGAUGCUCAUCUUGCAAUUGCUUUUGCCAGCACUCUGUUUUUUUUUGUGUUUGGAGUUUUUUUUGUACCGAUUGUCCUUCUCCCAAAGUAACCGUCAGGAGGACAAAGGUUUCUAUCAGCAGAACAACUUUUUAACAAGCCCAGAUUGGGACGAGUUUGUAAUGUCCGUGUUUUAUUCUGCUGCGAUCGCUGCGUUCGUAGUUUUGGUUGUUUGUAUUCUUUUAUAUUUUGUUGUGGCUAUGAUUGAAGGACAGCUUUCCUUUGACUUGAUUUGUCAAUUGCUGCCUUGGCUUUGGAAUCUUUCCAAAGGAGAACGACUCCGCCUUUUUGCAGAAAAGUUGCCGGGUGCAGCUGCGUACAGAAUGGUACAGAUGCUACAGCCGUUCACCAUCACGCGGUGUUCCCUUCGGCCUAUCAUCACUGGCCAUGUGUACCAGAAGUUCUACACACAGUUCGUGCAUGCGCGAUGCACGGUGUGCAAAACUUCAUCGUCCAUCCCGACGCUGUGUCUCCUUUGUGGGACUUUCCUGUGCUGCAACUCCGAGUGCUGUCGCCGCCCACUGGGUGAGAAUGGACAGAUGGUGGGCGAAGUGACACAGCAUGCACAGGUCUGCGGCUUUGGGACCUGCGUCUUCUUGCAGCUCUCCAACUCGCUUGUGCACAUCGUCGCGGAUGGCUUCAUCACCUGUUGGGGCUCGCUAUACCUGGAUGGUCAUGGCGAAGAGGAGUACAACCUCUCCCGUCCACUUCACAUUUCUGAAGUUCGACUGCAUCAGCUUACCCAGCUGAUCCGCGAAGUGAGCUUCGACUUUGAGUCUCGAUUGAAGUGGAAAAAGGUGAUUCUUGUUUGAUCGCUUCUGUCAAUGAACCGGCCGCGGACGGGCGGCAUUUGUACAUAGUUCUGUUCGUGGCAGGUGUGGUUGCAGCAGAUCAAGUUGGGUUGGACCUGGAACAGACGAUGAGAACUUCAAUGGUUCUGCUUCUCACCGCAGAUGUCCCGGCGCUGAGUUUUCAGGGGUUGGCCGUGGGUUGGCCUUUCCAGUUCAUCCGUUCACGUUCGUCGAUCACUCUGUCGACUUGCCCAAUCUGCAUCAUCCGAUGGAUUUCGAAGAAGCAUCGGUCACAAAUUCUGGAAGUCUGAAUAGCUCAGUGGAAGACUUGGAGGGUCCCUCAUCGAGAGUCGGACAUUGUCAAUCACCUGAACCCUUUUUCGUGACUGGCCAGAGGGGUUUUGUUUGAUCCCUUCAUCUUGCGCGGUGUCAACCCGCGUGUGGGCUCGGGAUUGUCGCGGGUUAGGCCACACAGGAUAAAUCAUUGCAGUCUGAGGUUCGCUGCUGGCCUUCUUGAAUCCGAAGUCACCUCUAGAGCUUUGAUAGACCAGUCAGCUUCACAUGCUCAGCCUUGGCUGCCACGAUGGACUCACUCAACGAGGGCGUAGGGAUGGUGCCACACACUCGCUGAGUUUGAGCAGAUGAGAUGGUGGGUUCUUAGGUGAUUUUAGUGUCGCAGUACUGGGAGGCGCAUUGCGCAUUGCGGGGAAAGGCGCCUGUAACCAGAUGCCGUGGAGGCGGC